AAUUCCUGUGCACUAUGGCGCAGGCGAUCUCGCGUUUCGUCGUUUUAGCACUGGUUGCGUGCGUGGUGAGUGCGGCUGUCGCGCCACCGGCCUUCGUCUCGUCCCCUCCCCUGGGUCAAGUGGCGCCAUCGGCAACAAGCCGCGUGCGGAUGAGCGCAGUGAAGAACCGGUCCUCGGGAAAGAUACCUGCUCCCUCUGACAAGGUGAUCACAUGCUCACGUGCAUCAUGCAUGUUGCCAGCACCAUGCAGCUGUCUGUCUUUCAAGCAGACACACACACACACACACAACCGAGUGUCAUGUUGAUGUCCUGGGAUGAAUGUCACGCAGGUCGAGUCGGCUCCCCUGGGGAGAGUGGACCUUCCUGACACGUUGCUGGAGUUUCUGGGGUUUGCCAUCAACGGCGACAGACAACACCACAUACCGGGCAGGUGGUGCAUAACAACAUCUGUCUUCAUUCACGCACUUUACACAUGUGUUGUAUGUGUUGUCUGUAAUGGUGGUAUGUGUUUGGUGGGCUGUGACUACUCCACAUCUCGGUCAGAUUUCCGCGCGGGGGGCGUUCAGGCCAAGAGACCUCCAACGGACACAUCUUGUGGCCGAUGGUACGCACCAUACAGACAGACAUAAUAUGCAUCUGUGUAUACGCUCCGCGCACGUGUGUGUGUGAUUGUUGGUGUCGGCAUGACGCGUCCAUCCAUCCAUCCAUUCAUCCAUCAGCUGUAUGAGUUGAUCCGUCAGACGGACUGGCGUGUGAAGGCCUGGUGUGUGGACGGCCCAGACGAGAAGCACGACAACUGCUUCCUCUACAUCAUCCAGAAAGACGGAACCGGCAAACUCCCGACCACAGGGUGAGUGGGUGAGUGAGUACCUAUUCUCUAUGGGUGCCGUGUGUGUGUGUGAGACGAAUUCAUACACAUGUGUGAAUGUGUGCACACAGUGAUGGGACGCAGUUCGCACUGAUGGUUGGCGAAAAUACCUCCGACAAGGCGCUCGACGACCUCAAGUGGCUCAUGCGCAAGGAAGGCAUCAUGCAGGUACGAACCAACCGCACACACUCGCGGAAUGGAUGGAAGAAUCAACAGGCGGUGUUCAUUCGUAUGCGCACGUGUGUGUAUCUAUCGUGUGCGCAGUGCAUGUAUGCGGCGCGCGGCCACAUCUGGAUUCCCAUGUACUUGGACAGUGAGACUGACCAGCUGAUGCCCAUCCGAUAUGAGGGGAUCGCCCUGACCGCAAACGAGGGGGAGGGCCCUCAGGCGAUCAUCAACUACAUCGUCGACCGAUUAAACUGCCCGAACAAGAAGGAGGACGACGGGUAUCCGGGGCUGUUCAACGAGACGCCUGAGCUGCACAAGGCUAUGGAGCGGCCCCUUCCUCCCAUUCGCUUGUACCCUUCCAGAGAGAUAUAGUUAGCUAGCUACCUGGGCUCUGUCUAGCUUACCUGCCUGGCGGGCUGGGCUGGCUUCCUUCAUCCUACUUGCCUGUCUGCCUUUUUUUGUUUGGUUGGGGCCUUUGUGGUGUAGGUCUGUUUGA